GCAUAGAACGAACGCGUCAGUCAGUCGGCCGGUGAGCGUCGGCCGAUCAUCGCGACUCUUCGCUCCUGGCUCUUUUACUAAUCGGAUAGAAACGCACGUUUUAACUUGCGUUAAGCCACGUUUUUAUUUCAUUUUUCAUCACAUUUUCGUUCGAUCGAACGGUGAAUUUUGGUGUUGUGCGAGCCUACCGAGAAACAAAAGUGAUUUUUAUUUACGUAACGUGACGUUCGCUCGUUCGAGUUCCACGCUAAAACAAACGAAACUGUUCGAAACUGAAGAAAAAGCGCGCAAAGCGCGAUAUUAAAGUUCAAGAAUUUUGAAACAUCCAUGACACUCGUCCGACGCAACCGAUUCACCGUAACAAUUCGUUCAACACUUCGAAUUUCCUAUCGAAAGUUAUGGUGAUCCAUGGUCUAGUUCACUGAUCCCGUCUGCUCCAAAUCUCGGGCAACAAAGAAGAAACGCGAUGUUCAAACGACUGGCGAAAUCACGGCGUCACAGCGCCGACGAGGUUGGCUGCUCCCUGCCUCCGGGAGGGAUCGGCCUCGAGGAAGCUCCGCGACACGAGCUCCUGCCCAGAAAGUCCCUCGAAGGUCAAAUUCAGGCUUUGAACACGGCGCUCCUAAGAGUCUCGAGAAACAAGUACGCUCGGCGGAGCUGCGGCGAUGCCCCGACCAUGCAGUCGCUCCUCGCGGCCGUGGAAGAACCAACGCCGACCUCGAGAACGAGAUCGGAAACGGACUAUCAAACGGUCACGGCUGUACCUGCGUUCAUCGUUGAACAUGAACCCGAAAAGCAGCUACCACCGCAAAGAGGAUUGGGUGUUUGGGGCAGGAGGAUGAGCAAGAAGAUCGAGUCGUUUCGUCGAGCCGGCUCGAGAGAAUCGAUAUGUUCGUCGACCGACAGAUCCGAGCACGCUAUUCGCGAGAACAACAACGUCUACGCGAGCCACAACAACAACAACAACAACAACGACAAUACGAAUAACAAUAACAAUAACGAUCGGUUAACGCGAGAUAGCUCGAGGGAAAAGAGCCAGAAAAGUGGGAACGAUUCGACAAGCACGGAGAAAACGGUAGCGACGAAAAAGUCUGAGGGCAAGUCGGAAAGGAGAUUUUUAUCGGGGAAUUCGCACAGAUCACCCUCGCCCUUCAAAUCGUUUUUCAUACGAAUGGGCUCAACGGGCAUGCUCAAUUCGAAUCGUGGGAAUAACAGACGCUCCGAACAGCUCGAAAAUACGCGCAUAACGCCGUCCGAGAAGGAGAAUCUUUUCAGGAGUUGCAGCACGAGUCAUCUGAACGCGAGUCCAACUUACGUCAAAGGUGACGACCCGUCCGAUGGGAUUGAUCUGCAGAUUGGAAAUCGCAGAGACAAGACAUUGUCGUGCGACGAUCUCGCAGCUCGUCGACCGGACGAGGAUGUUUUCGGGAACGACACGAUCGUCGAGGACCCAACGCUACAGCCCUCCUCGACGUCCUUUCAAUCGUGCGACUUCGGUAACUCGAGAAACGAGAUACUUCGCAAGUCGAGCAGCUGCGACCUCAAAGAAACGAAAAAGUGCAACUUUCCCUACGCUUUUCUCCGCUCGAAGCUGUCGGUGCUGCCGGAAGAGCGACAACACCAACUUCAUUCGACCAAAGAUGAAAGACUGUUCAAGGCGACCUCGGAGGAACAUUUUCCCGCGUUGAAGAUCGAGGAAUCUUUCGACGGAACGACGACCCUCGGCCGACGCGGCGCAUCUCGAAACAACUACAAAAUCGAGAGCCGCCUUUCUCAGCCACGGGACAACGAGAAUUGGCGUUACCAUCGAAACUCGUACGCCGAACCCGGCGAAACGGUCCUCAGGGGCUCCCGAAACUCGGCGAGGAUCGACGAGGAUCGUUACAGCCUCAAUCCGAGCAGACUGGAGCGAAUCGAAGACUGCUUUCGCCAGGACGACGCCUUUUACGAAAGCGGUUAUCCGAGAACCUGCAGAUCGGCGAUGGCAGGGAGCCUCGAUCGAUCCUCCGACUCGGGAUUCGAUCGGCGUCCGAACCAACGGCAGCAGUCCUAUCGGGAACGGCAGUUCGAGGAAUCCAACGACCUUUGCGGCAGGCUCUCGGACCGGAGAUUCUCCGAAACGUCGUCGCUGCUCAAUGCCGAUCUCGAUGUCGCCGCGACGUUGCGUCAUCAGCGCAGAAAUUCGGCGCCGAACGCCGAGCAGAGACUGUCUUCGCACUACGUGAGCUCGAACGAGUCCGGCUACGACAGCGACGGGCCACGCGGUGAAUCGACUCUCGCUUCCGAACACGAAAACAUCAGUUUACAAUGCGUCAAUACCGACAGCUCCGACACGAGCAGCGUCGUCGACUCGGAAAUCGAAAAGCCCAUUAGAACAUCAACACCCGCGUGCGACAGCAGUCUCCAUCCCGUUGAAUCGAGCAGUCUCUCAAAGGACUUUGUGCCCUCGAAGAAGCCUGGAUACGCGCUCGAGGAAUCCGGCCGGGACGUCAACGGUCUCCGGUGGCAUCGGAGCAACUCGGGCAGGAUUCUCCCGUCCAUACAUCACCAGGAUUCUUACCCGAGGGAAGACUCCUCCGAGCGUCUCUCGUCCGGGUACAGCCUCGAGGAUUCCAACGUCGCUCCUCACCGGGCACGACUGCAGCAGGACAAAACGAGGUUUCUCAGCGACAUUAUUCAACCGGUCAAGAGAAUUCGAAGGUGCAGACUCGUGCAAUUGGAGAAAAAGGAUUCCCGGGAGAGCCUCGGCAUCAGGUUGGCGCAGCAGCGCACCGGGGAGCUCCGUUACAUCGUUGUUCAGCUCGAAAACGGCGGCAUCGCUCACAGGGACGGUCGACUGAGGCUCGGGGAUGAGAUAGUCCAGGUCGAGGGUAAAGAUCUCAAGACGAUGGAAGGCCUCGCCGAAGUCCAGGAAUUCCUCAAGUCUUUCACCGGCAACAGAGUCCGACUGGUGACGGCCUACGACGAGGCGCUGCCCCAAGUUUUCAGCGACGUUGCUCCCCCCGAGGAGGAGGAAUCCCACGAGGUCGGAAGGAAGGUGAAAAACUCUGGGGCUCUUCCACCGAAGAGUCCGGAAACGGUGGAACGUUACGAGUCGCCGAUCGACAAGAACUCGGCACCGAGUCAAUCAAACGAAAUUGUACAGCUUAGAAAACGCCCCGAUAAUCUCGCCGUCACUUCCUGUUUGCGAAACAAAAAUCGUAAAGAGAGCCUCAACGCUGUCGAAAACCCCGUUGAAUCCCAGCAGUAUCUGACCCGACACGUCGCCAAAUUCGAAAAGGGCUACGGCAAACCGAGCCUCGGAUUCAGCGUCGUCGGCGGAAGGGACAGCCCACGGGGCGAGAUGGGAAUAUUCGUCAGAAGAGUCUUUCCUGGUGGACAAGCCGACGUCACGAAAUCUCUUUUUCAAGGGGAUGAGAUUUUGAGUCUGAACGGUAAAGUUCUGAGGGGUUACACGCAUCAGGAAGUCAUCGAAUUGUUCAAAGCUGUGAGAGAAGGUCCGGUGGAGCUGGAUUUGGCGAGAAGACACAGAUACCCCAAAACACCUGUUAAAUCAGCGCCCUACUGACAUCGAAAGAGAUACAGCGAAACGACAGCGAACAAAUGUACGAAUAUUCUCGUCCAAAAAUAGUUUCAACAUCGAAACGACUCUUUUAGUGGGCGAACAACUGCCGGUUAAGGAGACCCGCUCUUUCCUCGAAAGCCACUGAGAAAUUUUAGAUUCUAGUCUGUUCAUUUCUUCUCCCUGACCUCUCGUUAUCGUCGAAAGCCCUCUGGGCUCAAUCGUCUGCGAAAAUUUUUCAUUCGUUGUCCACUCUUAAAUGUAAGAUUUUCAUUUUCUUUUUUUAUCUCUUGUAAGAUUUUAUACGAUUUACUGUUAUAUUAUUAUUAUUAUUAUUAUCAUUAUAUUAUUAUUAAUAUUAUUAUUUUCAUCAUUUUUUAAUUGUUAUUGGAACGUUGAAAAUCAUUGGCAUUCUACACAAUGCCCCACACUAGACGACGACCCUCGAAUUUUUAAUUGUGGCAAAUUAAUAAAGAAAAUAGUAGUUUUUA